AUGGCCGAGGACUCCCCCAAACGGCGCAAGGCGAACUUCAACGAGGCGGAGACGGAGGUGCUGAUCGAGCAGGUGCUGAAGCACGAGCAGUUGCUGUUCGCGGCGGGACCCGGCCGUGCCUCCGCGGGCCAGAAGCGGAAGGUGUGGGAGCUGAUCCGGCACAAGGUGAACCCGGUGGCCGCCUGCCCCCGCGACGUGGAGGACCUGAAGAAGCGCUGGCGGGACCUGAAGCGCCGCGACCGCAGCAAGCUGUGCCGCCUUUCGCAGGGCUGCGGGCCGCCGGCGCCCCCCGCCCUCGGCCUCUUCCUGGCCCCCGAGGAGCUGCCGCCCGCCGCCGCGCCGCCCGCCCGCCGCCAGCGCCGCCCCUACGGCUCCCUGCUGCCCGCCGAGGCCGUGCCCAUCGUGGGCGGCAUCGACACGCUGGAGCUGCCCGGCGCCGUCGUGGGGGACAUGGGGUUUAAUGGCAGUCCUGGCCCAUCUCAUCAAUCCAGUCUUGAGCAGAUGAACCUCAAAGAAGAAAUAGUAGUGAAGGUGGUGGAGCCAGAAGAAAGCUCUGGGGACAUGGUAGUGGUUCCACCUAGUCAAGAACAACUGCCUUUUCUGGGGACAUCAGGUGGUGGUUCCUCUGGGAAAGUAAAAGCCAAAACAAAAGGCAGGUGCCAGGCAGACCAAAAUGAAAUGACUGAAGAGGACCUACUGCAGAUUCAGCAGACCCAAAUACAGGUGAUCCAGUCUGGCUUUGACAGUGUCAACCACAAUCUUCGGCUGCUGCAGCAAGGCAUGCAAGAUCUGAGUAACAGCAUCAGCAUCAUGGCACAUACACUUGUUGCUAUCAAGAACGUCUAUGUGAAAAACAACACUGGCCCAACCACACAUGCCACUGCAUCUACUCAGACCACAGCUGGGUACCUGAGCCCAGGAUCCCCCCAGCUCUCCCCUGCUAAGGACAGAGCUAGAGCACAGGUGGCUGGAAGCAGCAGCAGAAGCAGCAGCUGCAGCUCCAGCUCCAUGUCACAAGAACCAGGUCCUUCUGAGUUUCCUAGGCCCCCCCUGAGAACCAUUAAGAAAGAACAUCCAAAUGGCUGCUACUAUUUCUGCUUUGCAGAUGUGUAAAAACUUGAAUAGAUGUGAAAUGACUGUGUUGUUGGGUGCUGAUGUAUGUUCUGCUCCGGCCUGUGACUUCAAAGGAGUGAAGUGGACUUGCCUCCCAUGUUUUUCCCAGUGGGAAACAUUUUACUAUAGGUGGCAUUAAACACUAAUUACCAGCCUCCAGUUAACUCUGUUGCAGUUGGCUAAUAAAUUUCUUCUCUUUUCUUUAUCCUCUUAUUCUCUUUAAAAAACCCCAUUUAUUUUGAGUAAGACUUUUGUCUGUAUCAUCCUUUGUUUAAUGUCACCUUGUGAAAAAUAAAAGGCAUGAGAGUGGGGUAAAAAAGUAACAUUAUGGUUACUACCACCAGGAGCUAACUUACAGAAGUUACUUGGUUCUUGGAUUAAACAAGCCUCAGAAGCAGCUGGCUUUUUAAGUA